CAUAAACAAGAUGGCUACUUCCACUAGCUUUAUCAAAGGUGCCGCGCUCACUAAAGCAGAUUAUCUUAAACGAUAUUUAUCUAAUGAUGAAGCUGGUAAGAAGUCUAAAGAAAAGAAAAUUAAGAAGAAACGGCCGAAACACACAGGGAGUGGGAUGAAAAUUGUGGAUGAUGACAUUGAUUGGCGGCAACUCGCUGCUCACAACGAAGAUGAGAACAAGGAUGAAGACGACGAAGAGGCGCCUGUGAUUGCAGAAGUGAUAGAUGAACGGCCAAAUGAGGUUCAGCAGCUGGAGGCAUUCCGAACCAGCAACAAAUGGAAAGUGAUGGGUGCAAAAGAUACAGAUGCCCAAGAAAGCGAGGACUCAAAAUUAGAUCAAAGUUCAGACACUGACAGAGGUAGAGUACGGCAUGACUCUCCAGAGGGUUCUCCUGUACGAAGGGUGCAGCAUGACUCCCCUGACCUGUCGCCCAAAAGGGUUCGCCAUGACUCACCUGAUCUCUCACCUCAGAGAAGAGGUCAUCAUGACUUUCCCGAUCUUUCGCCCCAGAGACACAGAACUGAAAACAAAAACAGACUAUAUGACUCCCCAUCGACUUGCCCUCCAAGAAAGGGUAUCAAAAGCUCACCCUCCAGAAGGCAGAAGCAGCACAAUAAAGACUCCCCGCACCGAAAAAAGACAAAAGCCAGCUCCUCAAGUGAACUUUCGCCCCCUGGGAGACGAGCCCGGACCGGAAAAGGCUCUGACUCAGACCAGUCCCCUCCACGCAGACGUCCUUAUGGCCGACGGGGCUCAGACUCUGAUCUUUCUCCACCCAGAAAGCGAGGCCAGGGUGGAAGAGGUUCAGAUUCAGAUCUUUCUCCUCCCAGAAAGAAGCCCCAGGGGAGCCGUGGAUCUGACUCUGACCUGUCUCCACCACGCAAGACACGCUCUGAUGGUGGACAGGCAGGCUCUCGAAUGUUAUCUGGUGGAGCUGCCGGCCUAGUCUCUGUAGACAUCCUGAGGAAAGAGAAGGAAGAAAUUCGCAGAAGGGAAAAAUAUAACCGGCCUCUUGAAGAGCAAUCCAGAAAUGCAGAGACAGUUUUUCGAGAUAAGUCUGGUAGGAAACGUGACCUAGACUCAGAGAGAGUCGAGCUUAGCAAGAAAGCUGAAGAGAAAGCAGAAAAGGAUGAGAAAUAUGCACGAUGGGGAAAAGGGCUUGCCCAGGAUGAAAUGCAGCAGCAGAACGUGGCAGAUGCCAUGCGGGAAACUCAGAAGCCCUUAGCACGACACAUAGAUGAUGAGGACCUGGAUCGGAUGCUUAGGGAGCAGGAGAGGGAUGGUGACCCCAUGGCUAACAUGCUUCGCAAGAAGAAAGAGAAAAAUGCUAAAUUGAAAGGAAUCAAAGAAAAACCCUGUUAUAAGGGUCCGCCCCCUCCUCCAAAUCGUUUUAACUUAAUUCCAGGUUAUCGCUGGGAUGGAGUUGACAGGUCCAACGGUUUUGAGCAGAAGCGGUACAGCAGAAUGGCUGACAAGAAAGCUGUGCAAGAGAUGGCAUACAAAUGGAGUGUUGAAGACAUGUAGUGACAUGUUCAAGUGACUUCUUUUUCAAGUGUCAUUCAGGAUGUUUGAUUAUAUAGAAAGAAAUGUUUUGUUUUCAAUGAUUGGUUAAAUUUUCUAUAAUCAACAUGCAUUUCAUUAUUAAAUGUUACUUUUUU